CUGUGCGGUCCACCCUGACUCAUGUCUGCUCCUCGCCUCGCACUCGGUCGUGUAUACGUGCGACGGACACACGCACACGCCAGCCCUGUCAGCGACAUCGCCCUCGCACAUCCAAGGGACCCCGCUGCUCCGUCAUCUGUCCAGUCCACAGCCGUCUCCGGCCCACCCGCUCGCUCAGAUCCCCCACGAACCCCACCCCCGCCUUCGUAUGCCACACCCCCGUUUCACACCCAUGCCUUCUUCGUCGCGCUCGAGCGCACGUUUCCAACCACCGUAGCACGCAGCCUCAUGCGCGCAACACGCGCAUUGCUUGCGGACCGUCUGGGCAGGGUGGGGAGAGACGGUUUGACGAGAAAGGAUCUAGACAACCAAGCAUAUCUCUUCCGUGCCGCUCUCUCAAAACUACGAGCAGAGCAAACGGCAACGUCCCGAAGCGAAAUCACCGCCAUGCGUGAACGAGUCACCACCCUCCGCAGGGAAGUCGACAGGCUCGACGUGAAGAUGAAGGAGGACCUGGGCAAUCUCAAGCACGAGAUUCAGAUGGAGCUAGACACACGCAAGAACGAGAGCAAGGCUGAAUUAAAGCAGAGAAGCAUGGUUAUCGAAGAGGUACUCAGCAAGUCUAUCGUCGAGAUAGGCGACCUCCGUGCAAGUAUGGAAGAAGUCAAAUGGGAUAACACCCGCAAUGCAGUUGCGGCGCUGAGUGGUUUCGUCUUCCUCAUCGUCAUCAGCAUGGAGCUAUACCAGUUUAAUAAACCGCCCACACCACCACCACCGCCACCGUCGCCGUUUCCGCCUCAUGGUGGGAACGUUGAGGGGACUGUUCUUUCAUAACAACGAUCACUCUGGAGGGAACCACAUAUUAUCACUCGUCCGCAUAGAUGCCCUUCCAACUGCGAUUCACUCGUUAGGCCGUAAUACAUAUAUCUAGAGCUCCUCGUGCACACCUCAUAAUCACAAAGGAUACAUGAAACACAA